AUGAAACAGUACGCGAAAGACAAUCCCCAUGAAUUCAAUGUAGGAGAUCAGGUGUACCUGAACACAAAAAACUUGAAAACCCGCCGGCCGAACAAGAAACUGGACAGUAAAUUUGCAGGACCAUUCCAAAUCCGAGCCAAGAUAGGACCACAAUCAUACCAGCUGGACCUGCCAAGACACUUCCAAAUUCAUGACGUCUUUCACAUCUCAUUGCUCAAACCGCACAAAAUGAGCCAAAUCAAUGAAAAUAGACAACACACUAGGACAUCAGAUGAACAGUGGACAACCAACAAUGACAAUGACUGGGAGAUAGAUGAGAUUCUAGAUUCCCGAAUCAUCCGCGGCAAGCUGAGGUACCGUGUCAGGUGGCGGCACAAAGGACCAGAGUUUGAUGAAUGGAUGGACCCGAUUCAGCUACCCAACGCGGAGCCAUUCCUGCAACAAUACCACAACAGAUACCCAACAAGACCUCAACCAACAGACAAAGACCUAGGGCAGCCUCAAGAAAUCCCACCAGCAACAGAGACACAACCUGGCAUGCUACCACCAUAUCAAACAACAGCGAGAGGACUGCGCAAGUGCCGCCAGCCAAUCGCAGGGGCAGGCCAUGUUGCCGCCAGCGGAGAUCGCGGGGCAGGCCAUGUUGCCGCCAGCGGAGAUCGCGGGGCAGGCCAUGUUGCCGCCAGCAGAGGUCGCGGGGCAGGCCAUGUUGCCGCCAGCGACAAUACCAUCUGA